AUAUGCUGGCAAAGGGAAGAAUCCUGGUGGAUCAAAGGGUUGGCAAUGCAAGCACUGCAAAAAGAAGUUCAGCAGCAGCUCGACAAGAAUUCAAAUGCAUUUUUUCGGUGCUGGACCUGGUAAGAAGGCACAGAUUAGUCGUUGUACGGCACUACAAAGUAAUCGCGCCAAGUAUAAAGAACUGUAUGAGAAGAUUCAGAAAUUACGAGGUUCCUCUAAACCAGCGGCCACCCAAAGGCACAAUCCAGUGGCAGAUGCUUUUGGUAUGAUAGAAAGGGAUGCCGUUGACAUGGCAAUAAUGCAGUGCUUGUGCGCUAAUGGAAUUCCCUUUAAUGUGUUGAGAAGUCCUCAGUGGUCUGAAAUGGUAGCAGCCAUAAACAAAGGACCGAAGGGAGACAAAUCACCUUCCAGUGAGAAGGCAAGAACCUCCCUUCUAGAUGCAUGCAAGAGAAAUGUUGAGCAAGACUUGGGCGCACUUAAAAACACAUGGCACACACAUGGUGUUUCCAUUGUUUCUGAUGGGUGGACAAACAUGAAGAACAAGCCAUUAAUCAAUGUAAUUGCAUCAAAUAGCCGUGGUUCAAUGUUUUUGUAUGCAGAUGAUUUUUCUGGAAUUGAGAAAACUGGUGAAGCAAUAGCAGAUUAUUUGCUUAAGGCGAUCGAAGAUAUUGGAGCCUCGAUGGUUAUGCAAGUUGUGACUGAUAAUGCAUCAAAUUGCAAGGCAGCUGGACGGGAAAUUGAAAAAGUGCACAAACACAUUUUUUGGUCACCUUGCGUAGUGCAUACUCUGAAUCUGAUAUUUAAGGAUUUAGCCAAAGCACUUCCUUGGAUAUAGGAGACAUACAGUACUGGUAAAGCUCUAGUCACAUUCAUUCUGAAUCACCAACAUGGCCUAGCAAUUUUCAGAGCUAAUUCAAAACUAGAUCUCUUGAGGGUGGCAAAGACACGAUUCGCGUCCCAUUAUAUUUUGCUAAAGAGGCUGAGUGACUGCCGUGAAGCACUUGCUACCACGGUGGUUACAAAGCAAUGGAAGGACUGGAUGAAACACAAUGGGAGUGAUAAAUAUGCAAAGAUUGCAGUUGACACUAUCAACAGUGAAGAGUUUUGGACAGAGGUUGAAAGCAUUCUUGCUCUCACAAAGCCCUUGUUCCUGAUGGUAAAAUUUAGUGAUGGAGAAGGCCCAAAGAUGGGUGAAGUAUAUGAAAAAAUGGACACCAUGCUGGGAGAGAUAAAAGAUGUGAUGACCAAGUUGGACUACCCUCACAGGCUUGAUUUUCCCACGGUAGAAAACAUUAUCCUUAGUCGGUGGGAGAAAAUGAAUAUCCCUCUGCAUUGUUUGGCCUUUGCACUAUGCCCAGAGUAUUAUGAUAUUGAGUACUUGAAAAAACCCGCUCCUGGAGGUGAGCCCAGAAAGGCUCCAAAUCAAGACAAGGAGGUCAUGCGUGGGGUGCUGGAAGCUUUCCGCAGAAUAGCAGAUACUGAUGCUGAACGAAAGAAUUACCUAGAAGAGUUUACUGCAUUUCACAUGAAGAAAGGGAUGUUUUCAUUCACGUCUAUUCAAAAUGAUGCAAGCACAAUGAAACCCAUUGACUGGUGGUCCAACUACGGCUCAGAGACUCCAAAUCUGUCAGAACUUGCUUUGAGGGUUUUGUCUCAGCCAAUCAGUAGCUCCUCAGCUGAGAGAAACUGGAGUACGUAUUCGUACAUCCACAAUGUGAAAAGGAAUAGGCUUAAUUCUAAAACAGCAGACAAGCUGGUCUACGUUCACUCCAAUAUUCGCCUCUUGUCAAGGUUUUCAGAAGACUACAAAGCAGGCCCUAACAGCAAGUGGGAUGCAAUUCCAGAAGAUACUUCUUUGGAGGAAUCAAGAGUUAAGCUGGAGCAGUUGCGCUGGACGAAUUUGGAGGAUGAUGCCGAGGUUGAUCUUGAUCCUCCAAAUGACAAGCCGGGCCUCUCAUCAUCAAAGAAAAGGAAGGCUAGAAAUAAUAACUGAGUUCACACAUCAGCAGAAGCGCAGGAGGCAAGGAUGCAGGAGUGCUGUAGCUGUAGAAGGCUAGAAGCAGGAGCGUGGAACAGCAAGAGCGUCGCUGCCAUCCGUCGUCAGUCGUCCUCCCGCUUCUAUAUUCAAUAAAAUAAAUUUAGAUUGUGAAGAGAGUAUCAGACUAUUUGUUGGUUUCGAAUUUUUCUUAAUUGGAUUGUGUGAUGUGUGAUUUAUCUUUUAUAUUAUAUAAUUGAAUUCCUAUCGAUCCAAAAUACAUUGGAUCACGACCCUA